CUUGCGGCUCUUGUUCUCCUUUGCUAUCCAACGUCCGCUGGCCAUGACUGGGUCGACAUAAGCAUGCCCGACAAGGCGGUACACGUCGUGCCCACGCUUUUGUGACAAGUCAGCGGACCUCCGCAGUAUCGCCGGCAAGGUACAUCCCUCAAUAUGCCAUACUGCAUCACCAAGUUGCGCAUCACGAUGUGCCCAUCCAAGAAGGGUUUGGUCUCGAAUGCACAUGAGCCGUAGACCUUCCUGAAGAGUGCAAUCCAUGGACCUGAGUAUCGAGUCCACGGGAUACUCACGUCCCCGACGAGGCAAGGCUCUUGCGGUCGGAGGGUUCAAACCAAAAUAGUCUUUCCACUCUUCGCGGACAAGGAAGGGUUGGGAUCCACCACGGAACUUGAUAGGUGUCCCAUCACUCUCGCUCUGAGGCGGCAAUUGAAAACUACCGCAAAAUCUGUGGAAGAAAUCCCGGUGGCUUGUGAACCACUCUCUUAAGCGGUCGCACUGAACAUUGUGGAAUACUGCUGUAGGUAAAGCGUACAUCAGCGCAAGGAAGUCCAGGCCACUGAGAUGGCCGAACGUCUGGUUGUGACAUAGAAGAAGGAGUCGACGAAACGCUUUCCCGGAUUCGGUGGCGGUGACCUCGACCGCGGGGGAGCGAUUGUCGAAGUUACAGUUUUCUGGGCCUUCGCCGAGAAUGCUUCCGAGAGCAGAUAUCACACCCACGAAGUUCCCUUUCAAAGUGAGCGUAUCGUCGGUCACUUGAAAUGUGUCCGGAACGAUUUCAUUCAUCCUAGCUGCGGCCCCGAACGCGCGCCGUUUCUCCCAUCCCAGAUUGGCGUCCUUGAAGCAAACGUAAGACAGCAGAUUCUGAUCAAAAUCAUGAAUUCCGAAGUGGAAAUAGUCUGGGCACCAUGAUGGCAAUGUGCUCUGAUGGGGCACGGUGCUUCUUAAAAAGAUGAUAUCGGCCGAACUGUACCAAUUCAGGUGCGCGGCCGUCAUUUCUAAGCAAAGCGCGUUGUCCGAGACAUAUUCGGAAUAAUUGGGCUCUCGGACGAAGAUACUGCCGUCAGAAACCAGACCUAGAAGCCCGUAGACCUUGUCCCUCGAAUGACUGGUCUCGGAACCACUCGUCAUGCCCAAUAUCUCCAAUAGCCGGGGCUGUCGCUGUGCUCGACAUGCCGUACGGACGGACAAGACUGUCUGCGCAUACCGAGGCGAUGCCACCUCGGCGUCUAACCACGCGCUAUACUCCUUCAUGAGCGUCUCCAAAGCUCGCAGGUCGAAUGUGUAUGGGCCCCAGAACAGACGCGCUCGUCUGGCUGCUGCUAUCUCUUGUAUGAUCCAUACACGGCUCCAGUAUGGCUGCGACAGAAACCGCUCCAUUCCACAUAGAGCAGCGUCGAAGAUCUUCCGACUAUCGUGCUGUUUCUCCGGGGCUCCGUGAAGCUGUUCAACCGCUUUUGCAAAUCUCCAAGCAUCUUCUGCCGGACCAAUGGCUGUUCCUAGCCACACCACCACCAUCACGGCCGUACGGUAAAUGGCGAACAUCCUUGUAACCUCUUUACCUUUUUCGAGUAUGUCGCGCUGAUUGAUGCAGACUGCAUCGACCCAGAUGUUGGAGAUACCUUCCUUCUUCAUCCUGUGAAGAGCGUUUGCAAGAUGUUGCGAGACAGUGUACGGCUGAUGGUUGACCAAAAUCUCUACGGUAGCCAUCUGCUUGUCAAUCCCCCAGGAGUAAGAAAGGGCCACAUACUCUGGUGCAUGGCUCAAUUUCGCGUGGAAGAGGUUGAGGUGGAUGAGCCCGUCAUCUGCCUCCUGUUGACCAAACUGAAGAAGUCGUAUUUGUCCUUCCUGCAAUGGCUCGUAGCGGAAGCUUUGGGAGUUUGGACCAGGUGCUCGAAGGUCCAGCUCGCUAACUUGCCGCGAACUGGACCAAAGGUCGACAACUAAGACGACGGCGGAGAGUGUGGCUGCCAUGGAGGUAACCAGCUUGUCCACCGGGUCAACGUGCCGUCGACCAUGAAGUCUCCACACCUCGAAAGCCAUCAACGCCGACAAGGUCGCGGACACUCCAACAGUAACAAGUCGACCAGCCAUAUUAGACACGGCUACAUCAAGCGCAAGAUUCAGUCACGAUGUUGCCCGCGCUGAAGCAGAGGUUGUGACAAUACCAUGGGACACGCCAUCCAGCAUUGUAGCCAGAGCACGUCUGAUCAAGAUCCCUUUCCGCGCGACAGAGGAGAGAUGGUAAAGUUCGGUAGCAUGAAGUCAAUGGAGCAAGACUUACAGUACCCAAUCAGUUUCGGGAUUGUUUGUCUCUCGUAUUCAUUGUGCCGGAAUAGAAACUUGAUCGCUGUGCCUACCUAAGAUAAACUCUCGUUACGGCGGAGUUUCCAUGCCAAGAAUGAACAUUUCUGGUGUUUUCAGAAAGGAGAAAACAAGAAAACAUCUCUCCACACAGCGAUCCUGAUGCGAUAUUGCCGUCUCCAUUUGAACUUGCAUUCAGGUUUGGCUCACCUUCGAGGAGCGGUAGCGCGGGCAGAUAGUUACCUUGUAUGGUACAUGCGCCAAACUGACUGUCCGGUGUUGCAUCCUGACUCUGCCGGGAUGUUGGGUUUGACCUGGAGGCUGGACUCGCAACGCUGUAUCUCCUUGGAGAAGGUUAACUUCUCACGCGCCAUCUGUUGAGCUUCAUUUACUGGAUGGCCGGUGAAGCAUUGAAAGAUCCUCUUGUUCAAUACAAACACAAAAUUGGCAUUGGUCCAAUCCGCCGGAUUGCUCCGGAGACGGUAAUGUUCGUGUCCCUGCGGGAGGUAGUCGGUAUCUACAGUACUAGUAGAUAGAGAGCUGGACGUAUGAUAAUGUUAUACUCCACUCAUCUGAACAAAGGACUACAACGCUCUACUAGGAGCAUGGGUGGUCUGGAAGAAGGGAAACAGAUCCCAGGACGUUGUACUAGUAUCGAAAAGAAGGGCAGGGUACUGGGGUCGUCUGGAGGUUUCAUAUGCUUCCCGGCUUCGAGUCUAUUAUCAUUCUGCUUCAGAUUGCAACCGCAAGGGUCUGGUUCUCUUCGAUCGUGCCCGGCCAGGGUCAAGGCGAUUUAUUGUCUCAGUCUUGCCAUUGGUCUAACAUCCACCACGCUUCCUUCAGAUUUUUCUCGCACAUGGGUGGGCCAUUACUGCGGAACGACUUGCGACCAACAUUUUUGGCUGAGGACGAAGAUUGACGAGGUCGUGUCUACUAGAGCUGGCUCUGUCAAGAUCAUGAUUGCGGGUAGCUGUGUAGUGGGAUGAUGUUGCUCGAACACGAACCAGAGACAGCAGCCAUCCACAUCCGCAGUCGCUGUCCAGACAAACCAGUGGUAGCAAGCUGCCAGCGGUGCAGCGAGGGUCGAUUGGGUACAUGAAAGCAACAGUGGCUUGAGUGUCAUCUUCCGCCCGCCCAGUCACACGAGCGUCUGAAAUAAUGGACUCGAGGAGUGGACAUGAUGGAGAUCCUCAGACGGCAGAGAAAAAGACGAGCAGAUGGAGAUUUGAUCAGAAGUCAAAAUGAAGUGAUUUCGAGAGCCUCCACCGCAGCUGCGCUGAUUCGCC